AUGUUCCUGACAGACUUUCGGAAGGAGUUUUACGAGGUGGUCGUGGGCCAGCGGGUGCUGCUUCUGGUGGCUUCGGACAUAGAUGCAUUAUGUGCUUGUAAAAUCCUCCAAGCUUUAUUCCAGUGUGAUCAUGUGCAAUAUACAUUAGUCCCAGUAUCUGGAUGGCAAGAACUGGAAACAGCAUUUCUAGAACAUAAGGAUCAGUUCAAGUAUUUUGUGCUCCUAAACUGUGGAGCCAACAUUGACCUGCUGGAAAUCCUUCAACCCGACGACGAUACUCUGUUCUUUGUUUGUGAUACUCAUAGACCUAUCAAUGUAGUGAACGUUUACAAUGAGACGCAAAUCAAACUUCUGGUCAAGCAAGAUGAUGACCUCGAGAUUCCUGCCUAUGAUGAUAUUUUCAGGGAGGAAGAAGAGGAGGAUUCUGGAAAUGAAAGCGAUGGAUCAGAACCAGCAGGAAAACGUAGACGAUUUGAAGAGGAAGUGGUAGAAAGAACAAUGAAAAGACGUGAAAGAAGAGAGUGGGAAGCAUGCAGGUAUGAAAAAAAUCUUACUGAUUUCUCCCCCACCCCCCCCUUUUUUUUUUUAAUUAGGCAAGAAAUUCUUUUUGACUACGAACAGUAUGAAUAUCACGGGACAUCGUCUGCCAUGAUGAUGUUUGAUUUGGCGUGGAUAAUGUCCAAAGACUUGAACGACAUGCUGUGGUGGGCUGUUGUUGGACUAACAGAUCAGUGGAUCCAAGACAGAAUCACUCAAAUGAAGUAUGUGACGGACGUCGGGACUCUCCAGCGUCACGUCACUCGGCAUAAUCAUCGCAACGGGGAUGAAGAGAACUCCCUUUCUAUCGACUGCAUGAGAAUCGCCUUUGAGUAUGACUUGUGCCUCGCACUUUAUCAGCAUUGGUCUCUGUACGAAAGUCUCUGCAAUACUUGCUACACAUCUGCCAGCUUCAAGCUUUGGUCUGUUCAAGGCCAGAAGAGGUUGCAAGAAUUCUUGGCUGACAUGGGGUUGCCUUUAAAGCAAGUCAAACAGAAAUUUCAUUCCAUGGACAUGUCCUUGAAAGAGAACCUUCGGGAAAUCAUUGAAGAAUCCGCAAAUAAGUUUGGGAUGAAGGAUCUGAGAGUGCAAACCUUCAGUGUCCAUUUUGGUUUUAAAAACAAGUUUUUAGCCAGUGACGUCGUGUAUGCCACGGCGGCGUUGAUGGAGAACAUGGACAAGGAGGAGAACAGAACCGAUAAUUUUAUCAAGGCUUUGGAUAGCCUUUCCAGGGGUAAUCUGGACCAGUUGCUUCAAGGACUGGAGCUGGCCAAAAAACAGCUGUGCGCCAUCCAGCAGACUGUGGCCAGCUGCAUCUGCACCAACCUUGUCAUCAACCAGGGACCGUUCCUGUACUGCUACCUCAUGGAGGGUACCCCAGAUGUGAGAUUAUUCUCCAGGCCAAUAUCCUUAUGUCUACUCACCAAGUGCCUGCUUAAAUCCUUUGUUUCUUCUACCAGAAACAAGCGCUGCAAACUUCUGCCCAUGAUUAUGGCUGCCCCCAUGAAUCUCGAGCAAGGGACAGUAAUCAUGGUUGGGACCCCGCCUCACACAGAAAGCUCCGAUAAAAAAAACUUUUUUGGGAGAGCGUUUGAAAAAGCUGCCGAAAACACAAAUUCUCGGACUUUACACAACCACUUCGACAUGUCCAUAAUCGAAUUGAAAAUGGAAGACAGGAGCAAAUUUCUUGAUGCCCUUAUUGCUCUUUUAUCCUAAUGGUAAGCUGUUGAAGAAUGUUGGUUUCUCUCCCACUACAUGACAUUUUUAGAGCCAUUUGCCAUGUUUCACAUUGUGGCGUUGGCUAUAUUUGGAAAGGUGUUUUCUUCUUGGUAGAAGAGAACUGAGGCCUUGCCAUCCGUGUGUUUUAUUUUGUACAUAUGAAUCUGUAAAUACCUUGUGUCUACCAAAACUUUGUCUCGAUU